AUGGAAAAUCGGUCGACUCGCAUAGCAAUAGUGAACAUUGACAAAUGCAAGCCCAAAAAAUGUAACCAGGAAUGUAAGAGGACUUGCCCGGUCGUACGUACUGGUAAAUUAUGCAUUGAGGUCAAACCUGUGUCCAAGGUUGCUCGUAUCUCCGAAGAGUUGUGCAUUGGCUGUGGUAUAUGUGUUAAGAAAUGCCCAUUUGGAGCAAUUGAAAUCAUCAACUUGCCAAAGGCACUGGACAAAGACACAACCUAUCGCUAUGGGUCUAACUCUUUUAAAUUACACAGGUUACCAGUCCCUAGGCCAGGGGAAGUUCUUGGUUUGGUUGGAACUAAUGGCAUUGGGAAGUCAACUGCUCUCAAAAUUUUGGCUGGCAAGCUCAAACCAAAUUUGGGUCGUUUCAAUAAUCCUCCAAAUUGGCAGGAAAUCUUGACUUACUUUCGAGGAUCGGAGCUGCAAAGUUAUUUUAUUCGCCUCUUGGAAGAUAAGUUGAAGGCUGUUAUAAAACCCCAAUACGUUGACCACAUUCCAAAAGUAGCUGAAGGCAAUGUAGGGGAGUUGCUCAAACAGAAAGAUGAGAGGGGUGUGAUGGAAGAAGUCAUUGUUGAUCUUGAGCUAAACCAGGUUCUAGAUCGUAAAGUAGUCAAUUUAUCUGGUGGGGAGCUUCAGAGAUUCGCCAUUGCUUUUCUUGCUUUGCAAAAGGCAGAUAUAUACAUGUUUGAUGAACCUUCAAGUUAUCUUGAUGUGAAACAAAGGCUUAAAGCUGCCAAAGUCAUCCGAUCUUUGAUCGGGCCUGAUAGCUAUGUAAUCGUUGUGGAGCACGAUUUGAGCGUCCUAGACUACUUAUCAGAUCACAUUUGUUGUUUAUAUGGGAAGCCGGGUGCAUAUGGAGUUGUAACCCUACCUUUCUCAGUUAGAGAAGGCAUCAACAUCUUCUUGGCGGGAUUUGUUCCUACAGAAAACCUAAGGUUCCGAGAUGAAUCUUUGACUUUUAAGGUUUCUGAGACUCAACAAGAAACCGGUGAGGAAAUUGAGACAUAUGCACGGUAUAGAUACCCAUCGAUGACUAAAACGUUGGGAGAGUUCAAGCUUCAAGUUAUAGAGGGUGAAUUUAGCAAUUCUCAAAUUAUUGUGAUGUUGGGUGAGAAUGGAUCCGGGAAGACUACAUUCAUGAGAAUGCUGGUUGGCCUAUUGAAACCUGAUUCUGAUGUGGAGAUACCUGAGCUUUGUGUUUCCUACAAGACCCAGAAAAUUAAUACAAAGCGGGCAAUAAAAGUCAAAGACAUGCUUCAUGAAAAAAUUCGCGAUUCCUGUACACAUCCCCAGUUUGUGACAGACGUGAUGAAGCCUCUUCAAAUUGGGCAAUUAAUGGAUCAAGAUGUUACCAAACUCUCUGGUGGAGAGCUGCAAAGGGUUGCUCUAUGUGUAUGCCUUGGAAAGCCUGCAGACAUCUAUCUGAUAGAUGAACCAAGUGCAUAUCUUGAUUCUGAGCAGCGUAUCGUUGCAGCAAAAGUCAUAAAGAGGUUCAUCCUCCACGCCAAGAAAACUGCGUUCGUGGUUGAGCAUGAUUUCAUUAUGGCUACUUACUUGGCCGACAAAGUCAUUGUCUAUGAAGGAAAGCCAUCAGUUGAUUGUAUUGCAAAUUCUCCACAAUCUUUGUUGACUGGGAUGAAUCUCUUCUUAUCUCAACUGGAUAUCACAUUUAGACGUGACCCUACAAACUAUCGCCCAAGAAUCAACAAGUUGAACUCAACCAAGGAUAGGGAGCAAAAAGCUGCUGGGUCCUAUUAUUACUUGGACGACUAAACUGGAACACUGUCCAACAUGUUCGAGACAACAAUUCCCCCUCUCCAACUCCAAGGGUGGGACUCUAUGGGACUCCUGAUAAUAGAAUUGUCAUAAAACUGUCCCAAACCAAAGACAAAACAUACAAAUAGACUUUGGGCACUUUUCAGAUAUGGAAUAGAUGACUAAAUAAGUGUUACCCUUGUCGUUGAGCAGUUACUAUGUCUGUCAGCAUCACCACAUUGACAACCCCUCCACAUUUGGCAAAGAACAAUGACAAAGCUUCUUUAGUUG